AUGCGGGAUUCCGGCGAGGUGGAGGUGCUGGAAGACGUGAUGGAGGAGGAGCAGGAUGAACUGGUCUCCAACCCGUUCUACCCGGCCCCCGUAGUCACCCCUUUCGAUGUGACCAUCGAGAUGGAGGAGGAGGCCGUGCUGGCCGCUGAAGCAGAGGAGGCCGAUGAGGAGGCAGUACCUGCUAAGUCAGACUCGAGCGAGUCCGACGAUGGAAACGCGAACGAAGCUGACGAGUGGAGCGACGAAGAGGAUGAAUGCAAGGCGGGGGCGGAUUCCAAGGUGGUGGGUGAAGAGUGGAGCUGGCUGGGUGUUGAGAGGCUGCCUUGA